AUGGAUUAAGAAAUGAUACGAAAGUGGCUGAAUUACUAGAAAAUACAAAGAGUUAUAAUUGCAUACCAGAAUUUGAUGAGGAAUGUAAUGAUAGUCCUCCAGAAAUUAGACCAUGAUACCUGAUAUUGAUAAUAAGUAUCAAAUCAACAUAGCUAAGUUGUCGAAUGAAAAAAACAAAACAGUAUUUAAUUAUGCAGUCCACAGAAAUACUAAAAUUGGAGAGACUAUCAAAAAUUAUAUUAGCUAAGCACAGAAUAGAGUUAAUCAAAGGAGAAGAUAAAUAAAACCAAUUCGAUUCAAAACAUAGCAAACCACUAGAACUGAAACUAGUGCUGAACGAUCAUACAAUAUAUGUCCUUAACACUCUAUUUAUCUUAACAAUCGUAAAUCUAUUAGAACAAGUUCUGUUAUUGGAGCCAUUAAAACAUAAUAAUCAAAUUCCUAAUUGAGUUUUUAUAAAAAAAGUUCGAUUCCUAAAAUGAUCACUAAACGAAACACUUUAUUUUCUUAAACAAGACAUUCUCAAUAAAUUGAAUUUAUUAAAUAUGAAAAAAUAUGA